GACUCAAGGUUCGGAGUGGGCCACGUAGUUCUUUCCGCUGCCAUUUUUGCAGGUCCUCAUCUACUUCACCCGUUUUGCUAGUAAGAUGGAAAGUCAUCGCUUUGAUGUCAACAUGAUAUCGUACUGUCGUGUGACUAAAAAAAUACGAAUCUCUGUCUAUCCCUCCCACGAGCCCUGCGAGAGAACAACUAUGAGGUAGCCAGGCGGUAGUUGUAAUUGCGGACCCCGUCCUCGACGCGGCGGAAAAAUCGAAUGGUGGUCCGGCAGAAGUCCUCAACAUCCGCCGGCGGUCCACCGGACGGUCCGAGCUGGGCCCCGUUUCUUGCAGAGCUGGUCGUGGUGCUGGCCGGCAUUCUGUUCUGCUACGGCACCGAGCCGCCAUGGACCGUGGUCGGGUUGUUCGUUUCCCUCGCAGCGCUGGAGCUGGCGUUUCUGCGGACCCGGGUGCUCUUCGUCGAGUCGCCACAAGGUGGCUCGGAGGACGUGGAGGACGGGGCCUUGUUGACUAGGUCGGCGAAGGGAAGUGCGAGAACGGAGACCGGCGGUACUAGUGUAGUUCUUCUUGGCGAAACAGGUCGUGAGAGCCAGAUGAUCGCGGAGGCACCAAACGACAGAAACGUGAAUAACGAUGAAAUUUGGGACGACAAAAGGGGUUACAGCAAAUCUUCUGGUGAAUCCGGGACCACUAUGGUCAUGAACAAAAUGGGUACCACGAGCAAGAAGGCCAACAUCCACAGCGAAGGUGAGGAAACGCAGCCGCUAGUGGAAAGGCGCACAACCACAGGAGGUGUGAUUUUCACGACAACGUACGGCCAGGAUGGAAGGCACGAGAAUGCUUCAGUAGACGUGAGCUGCAAGAACCAGCCGAGAAAAAUCAGAGAUCACCGAGAUGAACAAGCUGCAGUUUCAUCCGGCGUCGUAGAUAUUUCCACAACCACCGAUGACCCGCACGACAGCCACGACGAGCAUUCCCCCGGCUGCUCCCCUUCGCCACGACCGUCUCAGCCCGCGAGCCCGCUUUCGGCCUCCUUUAGUAUGACACGGAAGGAGCCGUUUUUGCUGAGUCUUCUGUUCAUGCACGACGAGGAGCUUUUCGCCAGCGCUGAAAAGUACGGAAAAACUCCCACAGGCCGUAGGUUCCGCCAUACGUAUCGUGCGCGCUUUUACAACCGCUUUCUCUUCCACCUCGAACGCGAAGCGGAGAGCAGUGGCAUCGUACUCGGCGCGUUGCUUUUGCCGCUCCUGUUUUCGGUCGAGCCGGAUUAUAUGAGAGGGAAUGGAGGUAAAUACGGUGGAGCAAGUGGGGGUUCGGGUUCUGCCCAGUGCAGCGCGGUUUUCGUCGACCACACGAUAGAGGAUGCUACUACUGCCACUACAACUCUUGCUGGAGCCCUGUUCUCCUUGAUGCCAACAUCGGACGAUGAAGCAGCAUCGGGGGUCCAGAGCAUCGUGGGAGAGGGAAAAGAAGCACGGGGAGUGGAUGAAGGGCCUCACGCUUCUACUACAGAUAGUGUUCUUGUUGUUGAGUCCUCUGCACCGUACAACGACUCCGCGAGGAUACCGUUUUCGGAACUUUCGAGCGCCACAACCACGAUUCCUCCGUGCCCCGAGAGUCAUUCGCACAUAACGAUGCGGGCGGCGCACUUGGUGACAUCAAGUUGCUCUGCCGUCACGGCGCUCUUUCUGCUGGGUUACUUCUUCGCCACCUACGUGCUCAAAGACCGUGGAAGUAGGGUCCUGCGAAAAACCCUGGGAGAAAAAAAAUCAAAAUCAUCUCUCGCUCAAGAGAGUGGUUCUAGUGCGGCAACUUCUACUUCAACACGAGGGAAAAUGUCGAAAAUGGAUGACCACGACGAGGACGACGGCAUACAGGAUCGUUUUUUUCCGGUCCGAUCGUCCGUGACGAGUGCGACGCCCAGAGCGAGAGAUGAUCCUGCUUUUGAGCAGCAGAGAACUACUACAUCAAUGCUCAGCACGAGCACGUCGUCCUUAACAUCUACGCGGCCCGUUUAUUUCCACUUUAUCCUGACCACGCUUCUCACCUUCUCGGCCGGGUUCGCUGUGCUCGCUUUCGUGUACACACUUCUGGAACACAAAUACUUUGGUUUUCGCGCUCCCCCCGAACCGCUGACGAGCGCGCAGCUGUGUUUCGGGCUGCCGGCGGUGUUUCUGGGCUCCAUGUACGUGUUGCUGUGCGUGCUGCGGAAGUCCUUCACGCUCGGGGAGGCGGUGCUGCUUUCGCAGUGCAACGUGUUGCUCACCUACCUUUUCCACCUCGUAAUUUUCCAGCAGCGGAUCCGUCUGACCAAACUGCGGUGCGUGAUUCUCCUCGGCCUCUUUGGCGCGGUCUUCAUCGCGGGACACAUUUUUGUCCUGCACUACUUCUGCUGCAAGCACCGGCGGCUGCGAAAGAGUUUGUUUACGAAGCCGAGCUACUUUUUUUCCGUUACGACGUUCAUCUCCGUUGCGCUCCUGUUUCAGGCGAUGUCGCUCUGGAUCCAGGAAAACUCGCUGCUCUGGAUCGUCAAGUACGUCACGCAGCACUCCGCCACCCCGCUGAAAUUCAUCCUCUACUACGUCGUGGUACUCGCACUGGGGCUCUCGGUCGGUUUACCGCUCGUGCGGAAUAAGCUGCUUAUUCCUGAUACAGUUGUUGAAAAAGCAGGAGGACGACAAGUAGAGCCGGAACAAAUUGAAACCAGAAAAGGACGAAGUGAAGACAGCAAAGAAGCAAGCGAUAGUACGACCGGCAACGCAAAGAGCAUGAGGGAGAACAACAGCCCGGUCAUUCGGACUUGUGCCAGUGGAAUAAAACCGGAAAUAAUUUCAACAUCUUCCGAAGACAUCAAGAAGUGUGCGAUGGAAAUAAAACUACAAGACACGACAAUAUCAACAUCCUCGUUCUUGUCAACAAAUAACGCGACUACUUCUCAUCCCGCUUCUGGCACGACUCCCGAGCUACCUCUGCGAGCCCACAGCACCUUGUCCGAACAAGGUGGGCAAGUAAGUUUUGAGGAUGAAGAGGACCACGAAGAGCAACUACACGAAGAUCCUGGCACGACAAGCGCACCGGCGGUCAUCUCGGUUCUUUCGGAUACAGGUGGAUCCUCUUCAACUCGCAGCCCUGGAGGAACAGUAAUUAGUACCACCGCGAUGAACAAGCGGUACCAGAUUAUGGUCCGCAAGUACUUCCACGCACUGGCCAUCGUGAUGUUCGUGCCCUCGGUGUUGAUUCACAUCCGCUUCACCAGCUUGGCCUUCGCCGUCGCCUUCGCGGCUUUGGUGGUGCUGGAGGCGUUCCGCAGUGCGGACGUGGAGCCGAUUGCCUCGCUGAUCAACCGGUUUAUCGCCCCCUAUCUGGAUCGCCGCGACGAGGGGACCGUCAUUCUGACGCACAUGUACCUGCUGCUUGGCUGCGCCGUGCCCGUGUGGUACGCCUUUUUCGUGCACGGCGGGAUCUUUAACGCAAACUCGCUGCUGAUUUCGCUCGCGGGCAUCACGGCCACCGGCGUCGGGGACUCGGCGGCCAGCAUCGUGGGCGGGUGCAUCGGGCGCCACCGCUGGCCCGGGGCGCGGAACAAGAAGACGCUGGAGGGCAGUUUUCUCGGAUUUUUUCUCUCGACCUUUUUGUUCCAGGUGUUGCUCCUCUACGUCGUGCGGUUCCAGGGCCUCUCGCCGGCCUCGUGGGCGCGGUUAGUCCUCGCCGACCUCCUCGUGGCCACCUUAGAGGCGUUGACGGACCAAAUCGAUAACCUCAUCCUGCCACUAUUCCACGCGGCGCUGCUGCAGUACGUCUGACGAAGAGCUUCAACUUGUAACUUGAGAAGGGCGCAUCAUGCGAAUACAUGUCAUGCCUUUUUCGCGGUAAGGUACCAGAAAGAAGACAACGUGCUUACAACUGAGAUAACAGGAGGAAUAUUGACACUCAUUUUCAGUGGUAGCAGCCAUUCCCGCCGGCGGGGCACUUACAAUGAAAAAUAAAGUCAAACUACCCGGAGAUGAAGUGAUGUGAGUCGAGAAGGGUCUGGCUUUACGUCAGCUGCAAAGUACUUACUUAAGUUACUUCACCACGGCGUGCGCACAGGAACACUCAAAUCACUCUUGCGCCAUCUCUCCCAUGAGGCAAAGACAGGUACUUAUGACGUUCUGUGUGGCCGCAUCAGAACGCUUGUUUUCAUGUUCGAUGAAAAGUCGAGAACCAGAUGAACUCAGUUGUGCGGUCCUCUUCUACAUGGAAAUCCAUUAAGGAGCAAAAUGAUCAGUCGUAACUAAACAAGC